AAUUGUACAUCACUAACGCCGCCGCUAUUUUGUGUUGUCAAUUAUUGUCUUGGUUAUAAUUAUUUUCACCUGCGUUCGCUAUACAAACUGCUUUGGGCAACUCAUAGAAAAGGUGCCCCAACAAAACUGCUGCGACGGCCGCGAGUUCAACGAGUCCAUUAAGCAAUUUGUAUAUCUGUUUAAAAGGUUGCAACAGCGUACACCGCAUGCUGAAUAUAAAACAAACACAACAACAACAAAAACAAAAACAACAUGAAUCCCUGCGCUGUGCCCACAGCCGUGCCCGAUGUUGACGGCGACAAGCGCUGGCAGAGCAUACAUCGCCGAUUUAUAUCCGAUUGCCGCGAAAAGGAUCCGGACGUGAUAUUCCUCGGCGAUUGCAUAUUCGAAAUGCUGCAGGACACCGACACCUGGAACCAGUACUUCGCACCGCUGCACUGCCUCAACUUUAGCAUACGGGAUGAUCGCACCGAGCAUGUGCUGUGGCGCAUCGAGAAUGGCGCCCUCGACAAUGUCAAUCCCAAAAUAGUUGUUCUGCACGUCGGCACCAACAAUGUGAGCAACAGCGCCGCCGAAGUCGCCGAAGGUCUGCUCGCCAAUGUCACAAAGAUACGCGAAAAACUGCCCGGCGCGUACAUUCUGCUGCCGUCAUUACUACCACGAGGCCAGCAUCCGAAUGCGCUGCGCGACAAAAAUGCCGAGAUCAAUGAGUUAGUCAAGGAGCAGACAAAGGGAUUGGAUCGCGUGCAAACUGUGGCCAUCGACAAGGGCCUGGUGCAGGCUGACGGCAGCAUUAGCCAUCACGAUAUGUUCGACUAUAAGAGUCUCACCAAUACCGGCGCCAAAAAAAUUCUCGAGCCAUUGCACGAUUUGCUAUCGCAAAUACUCAAUGAAAACGAACUGGAACGCGAUCUCACUCCAUCCGAAUAGUUCACUCAAAAUGCAAAAAAAGAAAAAAAAAACAAACAAAUAUAUACAUAUAUAUAAAACUCAAACAAUCCAACAGAAAACCCAAAACCGAUCUAACCGCUUUAUCUGCAGCAAUGAAAGUAUUUACUCGUGUAUUUGUCGGGAAUUCGAUUUGUUUUGUGGUUUCCACAAAAGAUAAAGAAAAAGGAAAAAACCAAAAAGAGAACAAGAAAAAGAUGAGAAGAGAAAAAACAAAAUAACGCAAGUUUCCUUAACCCAUAAUACACAGCUUCAAAGUUAUAUUUUAUCCCAUACUCCUAGGUUUAAAGUCUAAAAUAAUGCAUAUGGCUCAAUGUAUGCGCAACACGAUAUACAAACACGCAUGAAAUUUUGUAUUUUGCAUUUAUACUAAAUAUAAUUAUGAUAACAUAUACAUAUAUAAAACUUAA